GACUGGCUCUUGCUGGGAGCAGAGAGGAAGAGGACAGCUGGGACAACUACAGUGCAGCAAGCCCUCCCCCUCACUCAAGAAGUUCAAUCCAGAGAGUGCCACUCCUGAUCACAGGAGGCCAGAACUUCAACACCUUUGCAGGAAGCAGAUAAAACAGAAAAUGGCACGUGUUGGACGACCAUCGCUUUCCCUGAUCCACACAGGAUUCCUGUUAGCUAUUGUUUUAUUACCAGAGUUUCUGGGGGCCGUUCCAGUGGAGCAGCACAAGGAGGAGGAAGUGCCCGCAAUGUCUGAUGAUGUGAAAGCCGAGGCCAUGGUGAGCCUGAGGAAGCUGGUUCGCAACAGAAGGAACGUCCCUGUCUACGCGGUGCCACAGUUUAAACGCCUGCCGGACUUCUGGGGAUGGUACAAGUACUUCAUGGACAGCCACAACCAGGAAGGAGUUGAGGAUCUGGAUCGUCUGUACAUGGCCUACCUGCAGAACAAGCACAGGUCAGAGGAGGGCCCAAACUUCAACCACUACCUCAAGCACCUCAGUGAAAUCUACAAGACUUGUGCCAAUUCUGACGAUCCAGAGUGCAUCCACGAGUCCACCAGCAAGCCAAAAGCUGCACUGGUGAUGCCAGAACCCAUCAAGUCUGCUGCUGUCAGGAUGUGCAACCCUUACCUCGACCCCUACUGUCUCUUCCCCCUCCUCCCCAAGGCUGCUGCCCCAGAGCCAGCUCCAGCUCCAGUCAAGGUGCCAUCCCCUAUCCUCACCCCCUUCCUACCCAUGCCCCUGAAGAGCCCCACUGGCUUCUACUACUACGCCCCAGUCCUGGAGCCCUUCCUGACUGCUGAGCAGAGGACUGAGUUGCUGAGGAUCUGCAACUCUGAAGAUGUGGACUGUCUGCAGUAUCACCUGAGAGCAGCUUAUGGCUACCGCCCAGCCCCUGGCCCAGCUCCAUCCUAUGCCGCCCUCAAAUGUGACCCCAAGGACCCCUACUGCAUGCCCCCACUGGUCCACAAAGCCCCCACCGGCUUCUACCACCUGCUCUACCCCAGCUGUGACCCAGCAGUCGAUCCUCUGUGUGUGACCAACGUUGCUGCUCCUGCUCCCCUCGCUGGAGAGGAGGCCCCAAAAGAGCAACAAUGCAACCCUCUCUUUGACGCCGGCUGCAACCCCCUGACUGCCACCAAGCUGUCCAGCCUCACCAAGCCCGUGCUGGAGUACACCCCCAGGGACGAGCCUGCACCUCCUGCUGCUCCUCUGGCCUGCGAUCCUCGCUAUGACCCAUACUGCAUACUGGCAGCCGCUGCUGCCCUGCGCAAGCCCGCUCCGCAGAUCCCCGAACACCAGGUCCGCUACAAGCUCGGUGUCCACGGAAAGACCAAGGAGGGCUACGACUGCUAUGUGCACUAUGACAAAGACUGCAUCCCGGUGAAGUCUGGCCCUGAGGCCAAGGCCGACAUCAAGGCUCCAGCCAAGCCCGCCUGCCAUCCAUUCGACCCCAGCUGUGGCAAGUUUGCUUCACCCUCCAGCGUUGAGGCCCCGAAACCUGGCAAGGAUGGCAUAAUCCUGCCCGACCCCGACUGCGACCCUGAGUUUGACUACAACUGCCGCCUGCGACGUGCUGAGCCUGCUGCCGCUGCAGCUGACGAACCUGCCACCGCUGCUGCUGAGGAGAAAGCUGCUGAUGAGCCCGCCAUGGAGGCUGCCCCCCCGCGCUUUGAAGACUUCCUCAGGGGCUUCAUGGGCCAGUAUAAGUAGAUUUCAUAAAAAAAACACCUGCUAGAUAAUCCACCUUGCAGGAAUGGAGCUCAAUCUGUAGUCCCUAAUCUCUGUGGACUUCAUGGACAACAAACUUCCACAAUAUCAUCAAGAACAUUAUACAAAAACUUUAAAACCAAACAGAAAAUAUUGUAGCUUUUACAGUCCAUCUGGUUUUCCCAGAGAAUCGGAAGGUCUGUUUUUAUAUUCAACAGUGAAAUUUGUGGAUUAAACACUUCAUGUAUGUAUGUUUGUAGAAAAGCGUUGUAUGUAUAGAUGUGUGAUAGAUUAGGGGUAGUUUGAAUUUGUGUCAGCGGGCAAGAAUCUCUCUCUGUUGUACAUUCUCAGUUUCCAUUUGCGUUACCCAAAAUGUAUUUAAUGUUGUUUUUCACUUUUUUUUCUGUAACUCUAAACCUCCUAAUGCUUCACCUGUUUAGUUUUGAUAAAGUUCUAAAUAAAGAACAUUAAAAAAAACUGGAAUUUUCUUUCUUGAGGUUAAAUCUGCAAGUAUAAAACCACAUAAUGAUAGUAGUUAGAGGAAGCUGGCUAAAUGCACAUAGCCUUUUCAGCCUGUCAGUCCCCAGCUGUUGCAACUAACAAUGUGCCAGCUGGCAUGUCUUCACCAGUUUAUGCUCCGUUGUUAUGAAAAUAGCUUAUUGUUUCUACAUCUGUACAUUUUAUAGCUACACAUAAUCAACAAAAAUAUGUGUUUUGCAUGAUAGUACAUCACACUGCAAUAAUUAAA